AUGGCUGAGGUUGUCUUUAAGCUCGAAUGUAUUCUGUCAAAAGAAAGGGAAAACAAAGAUUCUAUCGUUAAUGAAGAAAGAUUCCUUUACAAGUUAAGAGCUUUUUUUACAGGCAAAGUUGACAUUAUGUUGGAUCGGGAGGUAGCAAACAAAUUAUCUGUGAUUCCCGGUGUUGCAGUAAGAAGCAACUCUGUAAUGUCUGGUGUUGCACCAGGAAACGAAUCUGUGAUGUCUGGUGUUGUGGUAGGAAGAAAUUCUGUGAUGCUUGGUGGUGCAGUCAGAAGCAAAUCUAUGAUGUCGGGUGUUGCAGUAGGAAGCAACUCUGUAAUGUCUGGAGUUGCAGUAGGAAGCGAAUCUGUGAUGUCUGGUGUUGCAGUAGGAAGAAAAUCUAAGGCGCUUGGUAUUGCAGUCAGAAGAAGCAAAUCUGUGUGA